ACGGCGUACAAGAGAAUCGACCACUUGUUGGAGGGGUGUGUGCGUAUGUGCGUGUGUGUCGGCGUGUGUGUGUGAUCCUCCCCACAGAAGAAGAGUAAUUCACUGAAAGAUGAAGGAUAUCUGGUGAAGCUGGCCCGACGAACGACAGAAGUUUGCGAUCCUUCUUUCUACCGUGGCUCGUGAUUACAAAUAAUGUUGUGAUCGUGCCGGGAGGAGAAAGAUGAGAUUGAAUCGAAGGACCGUUUCGUUUGGUGUGCUGGUGGUACUGAUUCUGGUGGACGUUUCUGUUGCAAGCAACAACACGUGGGACAAAACUAGGGAGAAGAAGGCCAGGAUCGUGAAGAAGCUGAGGAAGGACUUCCGGAAGCUGAAGAAACAGGACGGCGCGGUGAAGCUUGUGGGCGGGGAAAAUGGUCAUGAAGGAAACGUGGAAAUACUUCACGACGGGAAAUGGGGCAGCGUGUGCGACGACGAAUGGGAUUACUUGGAGGCCAAUGUGGUUUGCAGGCAAUUAGGCUUCGACGGUGCAAUUAAACCGACGGCGAACGGUCACUUCGGCCAGGCCAGAAGAAGAUACUGGAUGGACAACGUGUAUUGCGACGGGAGCGAGGACGAGCUCUCUAAAUGUCGUUUCGACGGAUGGGGUACUUCCGAUUGCGAGAGCAGCGAGGCGGCCGGUGUAAUUUGCGCCCGCGAACAACAGUCCCAGGUGGCGGAGGGGACAGGGUCAAAGAGGAAGCCAAAAAGGAAGCCGGAGAAGUCGAGAAUCAAGGAUAUCCAUCAGCAGGGAGUGGCGAUAAGGCUGGCUGGUGGACGCGUGCACAACGAAGGCAGAGUCGAGGUCAAGCUAGGAAACACAGAUUGGGGUGUCGUCUGCGGCGACGGCUGGUCUCUGUUCGAGGCGGCGGUGGUCUGUCGGCAAUUGGGUCUCGGUUACGCCUCCGACGCCGUUCAGACGAACUUUUUCGGCGGCGAAAGGAUCCCCAUGGCCUUAACCGGGGUACAGUGUCACGGGAACGAGACAAGUCUGAUCGAAUGUCUGCACGACAAGGUUCUGGAUUGUCCAGGACCAUUAGAGAACGUGGCGAGUGUGGUCUGUCGUCGCGAGAUCGCGGAUUUGGUGUUCGAUCACAUCGAACUGAUGCGCACCGCCCAUUUGGAAGACAGACAACUCUACUGGUUGCAGUGCGCGAUGGAGGAGAAUUGCGUCGCGUCGCCAGCUUACACGAUACAAAGGGAGUCGCAGAACUGGCACCUGGAGACCAGGAGGCUGUUGCGGUUCACCGCGAGGAUCCUGAACGCCGGUACCGCGGACUUUCGACCCUCGGUGCCGAAACACUUAUGGGAAUGGCACAUGUGCCACAUGCAUUAUCACUCGAUGGAGGUGUUCGCAACGUUCGACGUGUUCGCCGAGAACGGGACCAGGCUCGCCGAGGGGCACAAGGCGUCGUUCUGCCUGGAAGACAAUCAAUGCCUGCCCGGAGUGGAGCCGAGGUAUAAAUGCGCCAAUUACGGUGACCAAGGAAUUUCCGUGAAUUGCAGCGACGUGUACAAGCAUAAUAUCGAUUGCCAGUGGGUCGACAUAUCGGAACUGCCGCCAGGACAAUACACGUUUAAGGUCGCGGUGAAUCCAGAGUUCAAAGUGGGCGAGAUGUCAUUCGACAAUAACGCGGCGAUCUGUCGUCUCCUAUACACGGAAACUUUUGCCACUGUGCACAGUUGCGUCACGGGAAGGCCUUGAUACACGACGACGAUAACGCCUCUAUGCGCGCGUAUGUGUGUCUGAUUCGUCAAAGAAAAAUCGAGAAGAAAGAUGUAACCCAGGCGAACCGAUGGACGCCAGUUCGUUAUCGAUGUUGUCAAUUAAAAUCCGUCUGGU